AUGGCUCUCGAGACUGCCUCCCAACCGCCAUCGGUCUCCGAUCUCAAUGCCUGCGUUUCUCCCGGCCACCGACCCCCGGUAAAAGCUCGAGAGACGACCUUCCGACAAUGGGUCGUCGCCAACCAAAUCGGGAUUUCCUUGACGAUCCUCUCCAUGCUUCUGGCCGUGCACCAGCUGUACCCGUCUCUGCGGCCCUACACCACGCCCUUCUUCCAGCUGUCAUACUACCGCCCUGACCAGGGGGACUACAUCCAGGGCUUGGAUGACAUUUACUUCGUCGCUAGUUCCGCCAUCGCUUUCACGGCCAUCCGCGCCAUCACCAUCGAUUGGAUCCUGCAACCGCUCGCCCGCCAUGCCGGAUUGAAACCCAAGGCUGCCCUUCGACUUGCCGAGCAGGGAUGGCAGUGCGUCUACUAUGGGUUCUUCUGGUGCUUUGGAAUGUACAUUUGGAUCAAUGCUCCCUUCUGGAAAGGGUUUGGCUCCAUCUGGGCGGACUGGCCCGCGCGCGGCGUGUCCGGCAACUUGAAGUGGUAUCUCUUGGUGCAGCUGGCGUUUUGGCUCCAGCAGAUCUUCGUCAUCAAUGUUGAAGAGCGCCGCAAGGAUCACUAUCAGAUGUUCACCCACCACAUCAUCACGAGCACGCUCCUCGCGUCGGCCUACAUCUACAGUUUCUACAACGUGUCCGUGGUGGUGCUGUGUCUGAUGGACAUUGUGGACCUCAUGCUGCCGACGGCCAAGAUCCUCAAGUACCUCAAGUUCGAGAGGACCUGCAACAUCGCAUUCGGCGUCUUCAUGGUCACCUGGUUGAUCUCGCGCCACAUCUUCUAUCCCAUGCUCUGCUGGUCCAUCUUCAAGGAAGUGCCCGCCCAGAUGGCCUACGGCUGCUACUCGGGCCAGACCGCCGACAUGAUCUCCGACAACGGAUACCCCGACCAGUUCACCUACCUCUUCUACCCGUUCCUAAACCUCGACGGUCCCAUCUGCAUGAACCGCACUAUCAAGUGGAUCUUCCUGGGCUUCCUUCUGGCCCUCCAGCUACUGUCCAUCAUUUGGUUCACCAUGGUUGUCCGCGUCGCCGUCGGCGUCCUCCGCACCGGCAACGCCGAGGACACGCGCAGCGAUGACGAAGAGGACGCCGAGGCCGUCCGCGACAAGGAGGGAGCCACCCCCGCAACCGCCGAUACCACCAACGCCGACUGGCGCCGCGCCAACGCCUCCUCCACCGCGCGACCCCGGGGCCGCGGCCGUGGCCGAGUCCGUCUGGGCGAGCAGAGUGACCGCAAGGCCUUGCUGGGCCGGAUCGGCUGCGACAAACCCACUUAG